CAUUGACUUUUUAAAUAGCUCGCCGGCUCUGACAGACACACAGCCCCAGCCAGCGAAAGGGACAAGCAGAAACUCAGCGCAGCCAGCGACAGAGUGCACGGCUCAGCGAGAGACGAGUCAAACAAGCCAUGGGUCCGCUGAUGGUCAACGUUGACAAAUGGAUCGAGGAGAACGAGGCUUCGUUUCUGCCACCCGUCUGUAACAAAUUAAUGCACUUCUCCCAGUUAAAUGUCAUGUUUGUCGGGGGCCCGAACAUGAGGAAGGACUACCAUAUUGAGGAAGGGGAAGAGCUGUUCUACCAGCUGAGAGGUGACAUGUGCCUGAAAGUGAUCGAGAACAACACACAGAAGGAUGUGCUUAUUCGAGAGGGAGAGAUGUUUUUGCUGCCGGCCCGGAUCCCUCACUCCCCGCAGAGGCAGGCUGGCACCGUGGGGCUGGUGAUCGAGAGGCAGCGGCUCCAGAGCGAGACUGACGGGCUCAGGUACUACGUUGACAAUUCCACUGCCGUUCUGUUUGAGAGAUGGUUCUACUGUGAGAACCUGGGAGUGCAGUUGGCACCGAUCAUCAGCGAGUUUUUUAGCUCUGAACAGUACAAAACAGGCAAACCAAAACCAGAGGAGCUUCUGAAACAGACACCCUUCCCUUUCAACAGCACCCACGUGAUGACUCCUUUCUGCUUCAAAGAGUGGAUAGACAAGCACAGGCAGGAGCUGAGCAGGAAACCCUGCCUGGACAUGUUCGGGGCGCAGUUUGAAACAGAGACUGUGCUCUAUGGAAAUGGAGAAAGUGAAGGAUGCAAACCCUACGCAGACAUCUGGAUAUGGCAGCUGGAAGGCACGUCGCAGGUGACACUGGAUGAAGAAAGCGUCACACUGUCAGCGGGAGAGAGUUACCUCAUCCCUGGGCAGAACAAGUACCUUUGGAAGAGAAGUGAAGGCUGUAUUGCACUGUAUAUAGCACAGGAUCCUGAGAGAAAGAGACCGCACUCCUGAAGAUGGCCCUUCAAUCUGGAACUGCAGAGACUGCUUCAUCACAUUCAACUUGAUACAUUCAUUACAAUCAUAUCACCCAGGGCUGUGCUAAAUUCACUGCUACUGUAUUUAACUGUAUUC